GAUUUGUCCUUCCCAAAGCUUGGGCGGAUGGAGGAGGAGGCUGCGAGGAAGGGGAAGAUGCCUUGGUCCCCCCAGGCAGGCCCCGAGCUGAGGACGGAGAGCCCGGAGGACAAAUCCCCCCGUGAGACCCUGGUGGGAGAGGCCGUUUUGAAGGGCUCCCCGGCGCAGGAAGGCAGCGGGGAAGAAAAGGACCGGAGAUCCCCCCGCAGGAGGGGCUCCAAAGCCAUCUCAGGGUGCUCUGAGGAGGAAAGAGCCAGCCUGUGCUGGGAAGGUGGCCGGACCUUGAGCCAGAGCUCUGAGCUGGUGGUCCCUGAGCAGGCUCCCAGCAUGGAGAAGCCCUUUAAGUGCUUAGAAUGUGGGAAGAGCUUCAGGCAGAGCACCCACCUCCUCAGCCACCAGCACAUCCACACUGGAGAGCAGCCCUACACCUGUGGGAAAUGUGGGAAGAGCUUCAGUGACAGCUCCAACCUCCGCAGUCACCGUCGCAUCCACACUGGGGAACGGCCCUACUCAUGCUGGGAAUGUGGGAAGAGCUUCAGGGAGAGCUCCACCCUCCAUGUCCACCAGCGCAUCCACAGUGGGGAAAGGCCCUACAAGUGCUUGGAUUGUGGGAAGAGGUUUCAGACCAGCUCAUAUCUCCUGAAGCACAAGCAGACACAUACAGGGAAGUGGGCCUUCCACUGCACCGACUGUGGGAAGGGGUUCAACCAGAACUCCAACCUUGUCACCCACCAGCACAUCCACACUGGGGAGAGGCCCUACAAGUGUGGGGAGUGUGGGAAGAGCUUUCCCCAGAGCUCUAACUUGACCAGACACCAACGGACCCACCAGUAAGGGAAGCCCUACCAGUGCCCCGACUGCAGGAAGAGCUUCGGCCGCUGCUUCCACCCCGAAUGAACCCCCUGAUGGUGAGGCAACCCCUGGAGUUCAAGGACUGUCAGUCCAUCCCUUUCGACCAGAAAGGGCCAGUCCCCUUUCAUAGGGGCAGCUUCUUCCAACAGAACCCUUCUUGGGGUGUCAGUCCUGGAAGUUUAGAGCAGAGAUCUCCCCACCAGCGUUGGUCUGGGGGAGGUCCAUCCGUCUCUACUUAAGAAUUACUACUUUUUUGCCAGCUUCAACAAUUGGCUUCAACAAUUGCUUUAGUGUAGAGCACUGUCCUAUCUUAUCCUGUACUCCUGGUAGUUUUAGUGUGUCUAUUGUGCAAUAAAUAAUUCUGAUGAAGAUCUUUUGUCUGAUCAUUUGUAACCCUAAAUAAAUUCAUUUCUAUCAAUA